AUGGGUAACUCCUCCAGGAAGGGAGAGGGAGAAGAGGAAGAGGAGGGGGCGAAGGAUGGUGAGGAGGGAGAAAUGACAGAGAAGAAGAAAGAAGAGGUGGAGGUGGAGGAAGAGCUUCCACUAGGGGUGGAGGAGUUGUUCGAGAGUGGAGAUCCCGUGCUGGACUUGAGCUACCGUAAAUUUAAGCGGUUGCCUUCGCGUGUGAGUGGACUGUUGCAUCUGGAGAAGCUGUACGUUUGUGGGAACAGACUGCGCACUCUGCCCGACAGCAUCUCCCAGCUGCAGGGCCUGCGAAUCCUCGCCCUCGACUUCAACAAGAUGGAAGACGUUCCACCGGCUGUCUUCCAGCUCACUAACCUCACCCGCCUCUACCUGGGCAGCAACCGGCUCAUGACCCUCCCGCCCGAGGUGAAGAACCUGCAGAGUCUUCGCUGCCUGUGGGUGGAGAGCAACUACUUUCAAAGGUUUCCACGGGAGCUGUACGACCUGCCUCACCUCAAGUCCCUGCAGAUUGGGGACAACCGGCUGAAGACGCUGCCCCCUGACCUCUGGCGUAUGGAGGCUUUGAGGGGAUUAUGGCUCUACGGGAACCGCUUUGAAACCUUCCCCAGAGUCCUGCUACGCAUGGAGGGUUUGGAGAUUUUAGAUCUGGAUCGCAACAAAAUCUCAGAGUUUCCCAGCCUGAAGCGUCUCCACGCCCUGCGCCUCUUCUCCUACGACCACAACCCAGUGGAAGCCCCGCCUAAAGUGGGCGAGGAGGUGCUCGUGGUUGGGGAAGGCGCAGCAGAGUUCUUAGAGGCUCGUGAGGCCAGGAAGGAGAGACGACGAAAGGCCGCAGAGCAAGAGGCAGAGGAGCUGGCUCUGGCAGGAGAGGAGCCCGUUAUUCACGGUAUCCUAAAGAACAGCAACUCCAACUCAAAACAAGCGGCGGUGACUGUAGAGGAAGGAGACAUUAAAGAGGAAGAGGCAAAGGAGGAGGAGGAGGGUGUGGAGCUGCCCAUCACCGAGUACGACGGAGCUGAGCUUGAAUAUGACGAGGAGCUUGUUGAGUAUGAGACAGAGGAGCUGAUAUGUGAGGGAGAGGGGUUUGAGUAUGAGGGCGAUGAGCUGGAGUACGAGAGGGCUCAGAUGGACUAUGAGUAUGAGGAGCUGGAGGACCCAGUGAAACAAGAGGAAGGGGCAUGAAUAACCCCUCAUACAUCCAGACUCAGAUGAUCUGCAGGCAGGUGGAGGUAGAUGACAAAGAAGAAGCUGACACAAAUUAGCUGUGCUUAGGGAUGUCAGCGGUGAAACUGUUAAUUGAUUUACUGCUGAGAAUAUUUUUGACCUGUUAGGCAUGUCAGUGUGUAGGUUAAUUUUGCUACUGUUCAGUUUACUGCACUGCACACCACCUGGGUCUGGUGGGAGCAGGCCUCCAGGAAAGCAGCUAAGCCUGGCUUUCACUUUUUCCCAGUGGCCACUUGCAGUAUUGCAGCAAAAAAUUCCCCUACAGCCUAAAAAUAUUUUCUCAACAGAACACCAUUAUAAAAGAGUAAAACUGCUGGCAGGACACCUCGAACUGUAAACAAGUAAAUUAUGACUUAUUUUUAUUAUGAAUUUUUUAACCAUGGAGGUUUUAUAUUAAUUAAACUUUCCUCAGGUCAAGAAAAGCAAUUUAAAUAUCUGUGGUCUGUCAUCACUAUGUAAAGUUUAUGAGCUUGUGGGCAGAAGAGAAACACAUAUUCAGUGGGCCACAUACGACAAAGUAAACCCCAGGCAUAUAUACCAGGAGAGCCAUUCCAUUGGACUGAAUAGGCGGCAUCUUGGGGUCCAGUAUGCAGUUAUUAUUAUCAAUCUAUGGUUACAGAUGGCUAGCUGCAUUAACAUUUUAACCCACCUGCCGGUCUCCACUAGCUAGCCUUGGCUGCUCUGCACCCUGCACCAGCCGGGCAUCAGAGAGUAUGCCAGGCUUUGAAGCCAAUUUUCAUAGUGGUCAAACAGGGGUACCGCAAUUUCCGGGGUCAGUCACAUGAUGGCCUACAGCCCAAAAAGACUUCUUCCUAUAGACUGGCACGGCGAAAGAGACGUCUGUAAAUCAGUAAAUACUUUUUUGGGGGCGUCACAACCCCUGAGAAAUGAGUCAUUUCAUUAUCAGGACAGUAACAUUUGGAAAGUCUAGAAGAGCUGCAAGAUUAAUUCAUUUUGUCCUCAUUGAAGUUAGCAGCGUGUUAAACCAUAAGUUCGGCUGUCAGAAGUUAGCCACUCAGUUGCACUUGGCAGAGCUCGGCUGUCUAAGUCUAUAGUGCACUUUCUCUACGGGCCGCACAGUGCAGAAGUUCUGCCAGAUCAACUGAGUAUUUCUUUGUGCAGCAGUUGAACCAUUUUGGCUUCAUGCACCACUGAGCAACUCCUAAUUUAAUGCUGUAUCCAGCUCUCCUAAUGCACCCGUGGCACCAGUCAGGUUAGGUGGGAGCAAGCUAAGGGCGCUGCUCAUUCAGCAAUUACUGUUUGUAACAUCAUCCCGAACCAACAGUGUUUCUGUGGAAACAUUGUGCCCACCGUCAGGUUACCCCUCAGGUCACCUCUUUAAGUGAGUUGCUCAAUUUAAGGAGCAGCUAAGGCCAGAGGGUGGCCAGUGGGCACUGUGUUUUCGUGACAUGGGCAGCCGGCCGUCUGUCAGCAAAGCCAACAAAAUAUAAAAUAAACAAGACAUAUACCUCACAAAACAUUAAAAUUUCACUACCUUUGAAUAGAUAGUGCUUUGAAAUGUGGCACCAAUAAGCUCACUGAGCCAAUGCAACGCUGGACCAAAAGGGAAGCCCUCUUGUGUUUGAUGUCUAUUGUGUUUUUUUACCCCUCCAAAAUUAACUGGUUAUUUACCUGUUACUGGGUGUUGGAUCAUUGAAAGCAAAAUUAACCGAAACUGACAUCCCUAGUUGUGCUGCUAAUUACUAAUCUAUAUUGUUAACUGUGAAAUUGAAAGAGCAUUGAGGCAUUAAGAAACUGUGAACUGACAGCACCUGUGACAUCUCAAUCAGCUGCAAAUGACCA